GUUGACGCUCAGAACAGCGACCUCAGGCGCACCGAGACGCGCAGAGGAGCCGCACUCACCUCCACAAUGGCGCUGUCAAAUAUCUUCGAAACUCCCGCACCUGGCUUUAAUUUCGAUAAUACAGCAAGAAACGCUGCAUUAGAGGGUCUCUUUGAUGGAGGAAACACUCCCAAACCUAUGAAAACAGGCACCACCAUCGCAGGAGUGGUGUUCAAGGAUGGAGUGGUGCUGGGUGCAGAUACCAGAGCCACAUCCGAUGAAGUGGUGGCUGAUAAAAUGUGUGCCAAGAUCCAUUACAUCUCUCCAAAUAUAUAUUGUUGUGGAGCAGGUACGGCAGCAGAUACAGAAAAGACCACAGACCUUCUGUCCUCCAACCUCACCAUCUUUUCCCUGAACAGUGGGAGGAACCCUCGAGUUGUCAUGGCUGUGAACAUACUGCAGGAUAUGCUUUACAGGUAUCGAGGUCAAAUAGGUGCUAAUCUUAUUCUGGGGGGAGUGGAUUGUACUGGAAACCACCUGUACACUGUGGGGCCGUACGGGGAUGUAGACAAGGUGCCUUACCUUUCGAUGGGGUCUGGUGAUCUGGCUGCUCUUGGCAUUUUAGAGGAUGGAUUCAAACCAGACUUGGAGCUGGAGCCGGCAAAGGAGCUGGUACGAGCUGCUAUUCAAGCAGGCAUCAUGAACGACCUCGGCUCAGGCAACAACAUCGACAUCUGUGUGAUCACCAAACAAGGAGUGGACUACAUCAGACCGUACCGGGAGUCACAGUACAAAGACAACAGGAAAAUGAAGUAUAAAUAUCGUCCAGGCACUACUCCAGUCCUGACAGAGAAAGUUGUCCCUUUAAAGCUGGAAGUUGUGCUGGAGACUGUGCAGAAGAUGGAGACAGCCUGAGCUACAACAAACAACCAACACAUACACACCAUCUUUGUUUUCAGUCAAUCAUGUUCGAAUCGUGU